AUGGGAGGAGGAUGUGAAACUUGAUCCAAGUGUGUGAGUGCCGAGAUUGGCCGCCUCCCCGACCCCUCCCCGACCAUCGCGGGGACUAUUUACCAGUGCGGGUGCAGUGAGUGCAGUGUCACUGUCUCCAGCCCGGGCAGCGCCCGCACCAUGAUCUAGGAGCCGCCGGGACCGUUACUUCUGCACUGAAAAUGCCGCGAUCCUUCCUGGUGAAGAAACACUUCAACUCCUCCAAGAAGCCCAACUAUGGGGAGCUGGACAGCCAUGCAGCAGUGCUGAUCUCACCAUUCCUAUAUGAGAGGUACCCAGUAGCAGUCAUCCCACAGACAGACCUCCUCAGCUCGGUCGCCUACAGCCCCAUUACAGUAUGGACCAGCCUGCUGCCCCCUCCCCUGCCCAGUGACUUGUCGCCCCUCUCCGGAUACCCCUCAUCUCUGGGACGGGUCAGCCCCCCUCCUCAGUCCGACACCUCAUCCAAGGACCACAGCGGCUCGGAGAGUCCGGUCAGCGAUGAGGAGGAGCGGCUCCAGGCGAAACUGUGCGACCCCCAUUCCAUAGAGGCAGAGAAGUUCCAGUGCAGCCUGUGCAGCAAGAGCUACUCCACCUUUUCUGGACUGGCCAAGCACAAGCAACUGCACUGCGAUGCCCAGGCGAGGAAGUCUUUCUCCUGCAAGUACUGUGACAAAGAGUACGUCAGCCUGGGGGCCCUCAAGAUGCACAUCAGGACCCACACGUUACCCUGCGUGUGCAAGAUCUGUGGGAAGGCCUUCUCCAGGCCAUGGCUACUGCAGGGACACAUCCGGACUCACACUGGAGAAAAGCCUUUUUCGUGCCCUCAUUGCAACCGAGCUUUUGCAGACAGGUCGAACCUGAGAGCCCACUUGCAAACCCAUUCAGAUGUGAAGAAAUAUCAGUGCAAAAGUUGUUCCAAAACUUUCUCCAGAAUGUCUUUGCUUCACAAGCACGAGGAGUCGGGCUGCUGUAUAGCGCACUGAGACUUUUCCAGUCUACACAUGUUUACCAGGACUACCAAAACUCAUUCCAGGUCCCUGCUGCUGCAAGGCAUGGGGACGCAGCCAAAGGUAUUUUACCUCCUCCGAUGAAACAAGCCAAAGCCAUACUUCCAAGUGUCUUCCAGCAAGAUAACAAAAAACAAGAUCCAUCCGGUCUAUCUACCCGGGAUCUCUUGACGCCAUUCUUGCCUUAAAUCAUUUCAGCCGGAUAGUAUUUGUGACUUUACUCCGCGAUAUCUCAGGUGCCUUCUCAGCCAUACAAGUGUAUUCUCAUUGUGCUGACAGGACAAUGGACCUUGACAAGGUUUUACACUAUGCAAGAAGAAAGCAGACGACGUGCCUCACGACUUGUGCAGGGGGUCACCAUUGGGACUUCUCUUCCGCACAGUGCAAAGUUUUCUUAUGGGAGCAAGUGCAAAAAAUGAUGGGUUUACCAGAGGGCAAAACUUUAGCACAAAGAAAAUGCUCUGGCCAUUUUCAGCCUUCUCGGCAUAAACCCUUCUGUGCCUUUUUUUAUAAUAGUUUUGUAAAAUAUGUGAAUAUAUUGUAAAUGGUUAUAUUUUUAUAUAUGUGUAGAGUGAGUGGGUGAGUGUGUGUGUGCUGCUUCCCGCAGCGACUUGAGGAGCGAGAACUAUGCAUCUUUUUCUAGACUCUUUUUUUAAAUAAAUGAAAAUGU